AUACAGACGUGAACGGCAGCUAAACACAGCAGCAGAAAAAUUAAAUAUCGAGUUUCGAACUUUGGCGCGACUUUCGCAGUGAACAUAAAAUAAAAUAAAAAUAAAAACAAGUAAUAUUUCUAAAGUGUUGGCAAAUUAAAAGCAACUGCAAAAGCAACAAGUGCAAUAAAGUGCAUAGUUUUUUUAAAGCAAAGUGUUGCCAAGUGUAGCACACACAGCACACAUACGUACAAAUAAUUUUAUACAUACACACAUAGCUCGCAGCUAACUUGGCAAGUGGACAUGUCUGCGUCUACUAAACUGGAGCAGCACUCCAAGCCCAUACUGAGUCCAACACGAUCCCUUGAUGAAGGUUUUGAAAGUGAUCCGGAUCGGGUUUCAACCGAUUCAGAGCAUCAAAUAAAUAACAGCAACAACAACAGCAAUAACAAUGCCAGCAAGUUGGCGCAGCUUAGCUCAGCGGCAACGGGCGGUGCCAGCAACAACAGCAGCAGCAACAGCAGCAACAACAGUAGCAACAACAAUAGCAACCUGACAGAGAAACGCGGCGCACUUAGCUUGGCCGCGCCGCAGUUGCAGCGUCGCGAUUACUACAAGGAUCAAUUGCAGCAGCAACAACACCAUCACCAACACCAACAGCAACAACAGCAGCAACAGCAGCAGCAACAACAGCAACACCAGCAGCAGCACCAGCAGCAGCAACUCAAACAACAACAACAACAGCAUCAGCAGCAGCGCCUGCAAUAUCAAAAGCAACGCCAACCGAUGGUUGCCAGCGCCGCUGCUACCAUUCACAAUCAUCGCUUGACCAGCGGCGUUGGCGUUGGCGCCGGCGCUGCAGCGGCCGCUGCUGCUGGAUAUCGGCGCGGUCGUCGCCUGCAUGUGACGCCGCCUGCGCGUCACGCGAUGCGCUCGCAUUCGGUGGACGCGAUUGCCAGGCAGCGCCAUGGCUACGAUCCGAGCAGCCUUAUCCUUAAGCACGAUGGCAACGGCAAUGUGAGCAGCUGCAGUAGCAGCAGCGUUGGCGUCGGCGGUGGCGGCAGUGCCAACAGUCGCAUGCUCAACUACAAGAGCGGCGCAUCGAGCGCAGGCUCUGCGGCAGCAGCAGCAGCAGCCGCAGCAGCAGCCGCGGCCGGGCAGCCAGCGUUGCUUGUGCAGCCCAUCUCGAGCGCCACGCUAUCGCCGCUGGCGGGCGUCGGAGUGGACGGCGUGGGUGUGGAGGGCAAUGGCAGUGCAUCGCCCGUUAUUGCCUCAGCCACGCACAGCCUGUACACCUUCUAUCCGGCCGAGGGCAACCUGCAGGUGUGGCAGACCGAGUGCGGGGAUCUGACCUACAAAUCGUCGAGGAAUAUGCAUCAGUUACACAAGGCGCCCGUAUGCUGGACGCAGUCCAUACCCAGGCAGGCAAGACGGUACAUUACGCCAGCCGCCGCAGCAACAACAACAACACAAGCCGUAAGCCCAAACUGCAGCUCAACGGGCGGCACAAGUCUGGCGGUUUAUCCAACAGCCACGGCACAGGUGUACCGCUCCAACAACGGACUCGAUGUCCUCGACUGCGCCGGCCUGGAGCACCAUAGUGGAGCAACAGGAACAGCAACCGGCAGCAAUUCCAGCGGCAGCGGCUUUUCCCAGCGACUACGUGAGUUGGCCGCCUCCGCUGGAUUGUUGUCACUGAAGCCACGCCAGCCGCUGAAGCCUGUGAUUAAGACGCGAGGCUCGCCGGGUCCCGAGUUUCCCAAGAAGGUCACCUUCAGCGCCUUCGCCACGGUGCAGGUGGUGUGAUUUUCCAACACUGAACCCGGCAGUUGCGUGUUGGGGACGCAGGCACUAUAUGGCUAGGUGGCACGUGUCUUGCAUUGUUAACCAUUAUUGUUGUUUUGUUGCUGUUAUUAAAUGUUUAGCAUUACUAUGGAUCGACAUCUGGCAGACUUGGAGAAAAUAUUCCUUAAGUUAGAUUUAUGUUUGUGCCAUGUCUUUGGCUUGAAUCUGUUAUGAAAUAUGUACCAAUAUAUGUAUGCUCCAUAGCUGAAAAUACCUCAAAGACCCUACAACCAUCUUAAAUUUGAAUAUCCAGCACAAUCCUUAAAUCAAUCAUCAAUUGCACCAACUUCCUCUCUCUGUCAAUGUUUUAAACACUUUUCCUGGAAGACUGACGUUCUUUUCGAUUUCACAGUUCCUUUCACUAUGUAUUUCACUAUUCACACCUUUAUUUUCCUAAAUCCUUACCAGUAUUUUCCCCAUCUUUGUAUUUCUUGGCAAUAGUAAAUUGUAAUCACAAUCCUUAAUUGAUGACUAUACACAAAAAUUCUAAUAUUUUCUAUCGAAUUGUAAAUAUGUAUGAAUUUUUGCAGUCAUAAAUGUAUAUGUGGCGUUUAUAUGUGUAAUAUGUAAGUCUGCUUGAGUGUAUUUGUAAAUAUACCAGAACUUUACAUAUGUAUUGUAGAAAACACGAUAUAAGAGUAAACUGAAAGAUAAUUAUGCUUAUGUAUGUAACUGCCUUCUAUGUACACGAAAUAUAAACACAAUUGCUGUAUAUUGUAUUCUAAAUCUAUGAUUAAACACAUUAAUUUAAGCUAAUAUUAUGGAUGAUCGAAUAAAAACGAGAGAACAACAAA